AUGUUGUUCUUUGCAGAAAUUCGUAAGUUGGUGACGGUGCGAACGUUAAAUGUAGCCAUUGAUACAGAUGCUGGGGCCGAUGGUGUGGCCUCACGGCCCCGCCGCGCCGGGUACGCAUUGACGGGGUGUGCCGCGGUGGCCACGGUGGAGAAUCUCUUGUUUGCUUGUACCAGCCGUCUCAGAAUGAAGUAUUACGGCUUCCUCAUCAACCUGACGCUGGCUGACUUGUUCUACGCCGUCAUGGCCAUCGCAUUCACUUGGGGAGGAACCGAAAUUCUCUUCUCUAUCUUCUUCUCAGGUUAUUUCGUCGGCAUUUGGACGAUCCUUGCCGAAGGCAUCAACCGCUACCUGGCUGUGUCCUUUGUGGACACGGCUCGCUACGAUGUGUUGGUCACCAGGAACCGCUUGGUGGCAGUCUGCGUUCUCAUUUGGAUCGUGUCACUCACGAUCCAGAUCGUUCCGGAAUUCGUGCCGCACGGCCCAGGUGAAGCCCUCUUUGAAGGAGUGAUCAAGCCCACGAUUGUGUACUUAUUUUGGUUGAUAACCGCCGGUCUUUACGUCGCUGUGUUCUGGAAGAUCAAGAGUUUCACACAACGUGUCACCAGCCCGGCAUUGCAGCCCAGCCAGGAUGAAUUCAUCGACCGAGCGCGUCAGACCCGCCGCUUGCUGGUCACUUUCACUGUCAUUCUAGUCACGUCGUUCUUCUGCUGGAUGCCGUUCAGCGUGAUGCAGAUGGUAACACACUUUCACGAAGACUUGAAGUACCAGGAGGAAGUCUACUGGCUGACUGGCGUGUUCUACUGUCUGGCCCCGGUGAUCAACCCUUGGAUCUACUGGAUACGACUGGAUAGUUUCAGAGAGGGUUGCCGCAAAGUUUUCUGCGGUUGCUUCACACGGGACUCUAGUGCAGUCCUCGAGUCCGUCGUAGACACAGACGUCUUGUAGAAGAAUCUUUGCCGUGGUCUUAGUCCUUGGUGGAUGAGCAUGGGCGUCGCCAGGACUUGUCAUGUUUGUAGAGGAUGAUGGCAUUAUUGUAAAGCGGGGAGGCGGAGGGGGUUGGACAUAAUGGUGGAUGACAUAUCCUGAUCUAAAAUGAUGGCGUCGGAUUAAAUGUCAUGAUUAAAACUUCAUUAAUUUUUAUAAAAUCAUAUUUUUUAACGUCUAUAGUUUAUGAAUUUACUUAGAUUUAUAUACAACAUACGAUUUUUGCCCGUUUCUUUAAUUUUCACGUUAGAAAACAAACUAACUUCAGGAAUUUCGUACUAGUCAGAGACAGAAUUAACAACAGCAGAAGAAAGUUAAGUUUCUUGUCACCUCUUUUGUCAUCCUCCACAACUUUCCUUCAAAUAAGAAACUGAACACAAACAUUCGCAGAACAAGAUG